AUGGCCGCAUCUUUCGCUCCUUCGAGGAGCAAGGCGCUCGGCCGGAUAUUCGCGGCCUCAUCAGCCUCAAGUCUCCCCGAAUUUCUGGUACCAGCGUGGCGAACGAUCUCCGCCAACCAGUCUCGAUUGUUCUCUGCCACCUCGAGAUGUCCAUCGAAGCUCGGCCGAACACCUAUAACGAUCCCACAGGGUGUUACAGUCACCAAGGGCGACCUAGUUGCAAAGCAAGGGUCGAGAGACUGGAAGGCGACGUUGAUGUCCAAGUUGACGGUUAAUGGACCACUAGGGCAAUUGUCGUUCGAUGCGCCAGAGUACAUCCUUCUGGAGCAGGAUCUGGAGAACAAGCUCAUCAAGAUGAACAUUGAGGACGUGGAAAACGAGACACAGAAAGAGAUGUGGGGUACAUCAUGGAAAUACCUCAGCAACUGCAUCACCGGAGUCUCCGAAGGCCACUCGGCCAUUCUCCGUCUCGUCGGUGUCGGUUACCGUGCCACGGUGCAGGAACGUCGGGGAAAGCAGUCCUUCCAUGGACAGCAGCACCUCAUCCUCAAGCUCGGCUUCACACAUACCAUCGAGGAGCCCAUCCCGGCCGGCCUCAAGGUCACGACACCGCAGCCGACACGUAUCCUGAUCGAGGGAACGGACAAGGUGGAGAUUAUGUCCUUCGCCGGACGCGUGAAGCAGUGGAGGAAGCCGGAGCCGUACAAGGGCAAGGGGAUCUUCAUCAACGACGAAACGAUCAAGCUCAAGUCAAAGAAGAUCAGCUAG